ACGUCAUCUUCGGGCUGCCGCUGCCAGCCCGUCCGUGCUCGGCGAGGAGGAGAUGGCGGCCGCGGCCAGCAUUCGGGAGCGGCAGACAGUGGCUUUGAAACGUAUGUUGAAUUUCAAUGUCCCACAUGUUAAAAACAGCACAGGAGAACCAGUAUGGAAGGUGCUCAUUUACGACAGAUUUGGACAAGAUAUAAUUUCCCCUCUGCUAUCUGUGAAGGAAUUGAGAGACAUGGGGAUCACUCUGCACCUGCUUUUGCACUCUGAUCGAGAUCCUAUCCCAGAUGUUCCUGCAGUGUAUUUUGUAAUGCCAACUGAAGAAAAUAUUGACAGGAUGUGCCAGGAUCUUCGAAAUCAGCUGUAUGAAUCCUAUUAUUUAAAUUUUAUUUCUGCUAUUUCAAGAAGUAAACUGGAAGAUAUUGCAAAUGCAGCAUUAGCAGCUAGUGCAGUACCACAAGUAGCCAAGGUUUUUGACCAGUAUCUCAAUUUUAUCACUUUGGAAGAUGACAUGUUUGUGUUGUGUAAUCAAAAUAAGGAGCUUAUUUCAUAUCGUGCCAUUAAUAGGCCAGACAUCACAGACACCGAAAUGGAAACUGUUAUGGACACUAUUGUUGACAGCCUGUUCUGCUUUUUUGUUACACUGGGUGCUGUUCCUAUCAUCCGGUGCUCAAGAGGAACGGCAGCAGAAAUGGUGGCAGUAAAACUAGAUAAGAAGCUUCGAGAAAAUCUAAGGGAUGCAAGAAACAGCCUUUUUACAGGGGAUUCACUUGGAGCUGGACAAUUCAGCUUCCAAAGGCCCUUACUAGUCCUUGUUGACAGAAACGUAGAUUUGGCAACUCCUUUACAUCAUACUUGGACAUAUCAAGCAUUGGUGCAUGAUGUACUGGAUUUCCACUUAAACAGAGUAAAUCUGGAAGAAUCUGCAGGAGGAGAAAACUCUCCAGCUGGUGCUAGACCAAAGAGAAAAAACAAGAAGUCUUACGAUUUAACUCCAGUUGAUAAAUUUUGGCAGAAACAUAAAGGCAGUCCAUUCCCAGAAGUUGCAGAAUCAGUUCAACAAGAACUAGAAUCUUACAGAGCCCAAGAAGAUGAGGUGAAACGACUUAAAAGCAUCAUGGGACUGGAAGGAGAGGAUGAAGGAGCCAUCAGUAUGCUUUCUGACAACACUGCCAAACUAACAUCUGCUGUUAGUUCUUUGCCAGAACUCCUUGAAAAGAAGAGACUUAUUGAUCUCCAUACAAAUGUUGCCACUGCUGUUUUAGAACACAUAAAGGCAAGAAAGCUGGAUGUAUAUUUUGAAUAUGAAGAAAAAAUAAUGAGCAAAACUACUCUGGAUAAAUCCCUUCUAGAUAUAAUAUCAGACCCUGAUGCAGGAACUCCAGAAGACAAAAUGAGGCUGUUUCUUAUCUAUUAUAUAAGCACACAGCAAGCACCUUCUGAGGCUGAUUUGGAGCAAUAUAAAAAAGCUUUAUCAGAUGCAGGGUGUAACCUUAAUCCUUUACACUAUAUCAAACAAUGGAAGGCUUUUGCCAAGAUGGCCUCUGCUCCUGCCAGUUAUGGCAGCACCACCACUAAGCCAAUGGGUCUCUUGUCACGAGUCAUGAACACAGGAUCACAGUUUGUGAUGGAAGGAGUGAAGAACCUGGUAUUGAAACAGCAAAAUCUACCUGUUACUCGUAUUUUAGACAACCUCAUGGAGAUGAAGUCCAACCCUGAAACUGAUGACUACAGGUAUUUUGAUCCCAAAAUGCUGCGAGGCAAUGACAGCUCAGUUCCUAGGAACAAAAACCCAUUCCAAGAGGCAAUUGUGUUUGUGGUUGGAGGGGGCAACUACAUUGAGUAUCAGAAUCUUGUUGACUACAUAAAGGCAAAGCAAGGCAAGCACAUCUUAUACGGCUGCAGUGAGCUUUUUAAUGCUACACAGUUCAUCAAACAGCUGUCACAACUUGGACAAAAGUAAUACUGAAGGACCUUACUUGGAUAAUCUACUUGGAAGUAUGGAGAAGAUAUUUCCUUCUCCAUAACAGUACCUUAACAGUGCAGCCUAUCAGAAUUGUGAAUUUUUAAAGACAUUCUACACUUCAUAUACUGUAUGCUGAUUUAAAUUAUCCAUCUCAAAUACUUUUAACAAUGUUUAUACUUCUGUCAUUUGACAAGUUGAAAAUUACUCUGCAAGGGCUGAAGAGAUGGCUCAGCAGUUAAGGCACUUGUCUGCAAAGCCCACGGGCCUAGGUUCCACUCCCCAGUACCCACAUAAGCCAGAUGCACAUGAUGGCACAUGCGUCUGGAAUUCAUUUACAGUGGCUAGAGGCCCUGUUGUGCCCAUAUUUUCUCUUUCUUUCUCUCUCAUUCUCAAGUAAAUAAAUAUAAAUAAAAUAUUUUUUAAAAAUACUCUGGAAGUAAGGAAAGUUCUAGCCAAACAUAAUACUAAAACACCAGGUAACAGGUGAAGCUGGUAAAACUUGAAGAUUAAUACAGUUGUUACUAGAUAAAUCUCUGCUUAUAUACAUCUCAAGUAUAAAAGUAUUUCCUCAAUUCGUUGGUCUCCCACAUUGUCCUAAAUUCUAGAUGGUGAUUUUUAAACCGCAUUCACAUCUCUUUUCUCUAGAAUACUUAUGUACAUUUUAUCAACAAAGUCUAUCUUUUAUAUAAUUUUCAUAGGGCAACACUAACAUGAUUUGUGAUGGCCAAAUAAACUCAUCCCUAUAAAGUUCUGAAUAAUAAGUAAAGUAAGUGUCAAACUUG